AUGGAUGUCUCAGUGUUUCAACAUGCGGCAAGUCUAUGGUCAGAAGCUGGCUUACCAGAAUUGCAACGACAACUCGACGAGAGCGUCUUAACAGUGAAGGAGUUAGAAGCCAAGUCUUUGAACUCACGCAAAUUACUGGCAACAGAAACCAAGCAAUUCAAAAAACUUGAUGCAAACGACAAGUUGUCCCAGGUGAAUAAAGUGAUCAAAAGUUACCAACAAGAAGUUGAUAGUCUAACGUCAAGGUCGAAAUUCUCGGAGGAGGUUCUAAUCGCCUUAUACUCGAAGCUAUCCGAAGCACCGGAUCCACAACCUCUAUUAGAGUUUUGUACACAGCAAUCAGGAGAAUCAAGUGACUCUGAGAAGUUGAAACGCACAAUCGACGAGUUGGAAAACAAAUUAUCAAAGUACGCAGAUUACGAUAAGGUUCGUGCAAGGGUCCUGGACUUGGAGCAAAACUCUGCAAAGACGUUGGCAAAGAGAAUAUCGGCAAAGGAGCAGGAAUUGCGCUCUCAAUUCUUCGAAAAAGAGAGGAAUUGGAAAGAACGUGAAAAAGAAUUUAAUCGUCAACUGGAAACUUACAAAGACACCAACAAAAUCUUGGAAAACAAGUUAUCUCAGCAUGUCGAUGGUCAGACAAGUGUUACAGAGGACCAGCGUCAAUCCGCAGAAAAUGAGUUACUUUUGCAAGAGAUUCAGUCAUCCCAGUCGAGGAUCGUUGAAUUAGAGAAGAGGAACGAGGAGUUGAGUGGUGCACUGGCCAAGGCUACAAGUGAACAAGAACGCGAAUCCGAGCUAAACACAAGGGGCCUCAAGAUCAAUGGACUUGAGUCUGAAAAUGCUCUGCUUUGCGCCUCCCUCGAACGUGAGCGCCGCUCAAGAGCGGAAGAAUUAAAAGAACAACAAAACCGCGUCAAGGCUCUUGAGCAACAGGUAACGUCCUCGCAAGAUGAGCUUGACAAGAAGGCCCGUAAGCUGAAUAUAUAUGCUGACUACGAUGCAAUCAAGCAGGAGCUUACAGCUCUGAAGAAAAUUGAGUUCGGAACUUCUGACGACGAGAAGGGAGACGUGGAUUCUACACUGUUGAACGCCAACAAGAAACUUCAAUCUAAUUUAGCGGAGCUUAGAGGGAAAUUUAAUGGAAUGGACAGAGAAAUUUCUCGAGUACAAGGUGAGAACAAAAAAUUAGUCGCCCAAGUCAAGCACCUUGAGGAUUCAAAUGCUAAGUUGGAGCUAGAUUUAGAAAAAAUUGAAAACGUCAGCUCUAUUAACGACACUGCCAGUAUGAUGUCCGGUGUGACACGCCAAAUGAACCGCGUUGGCAAUUCAACAAGACCUGGCGGAAAGCUGUCACCGACCAGCUCUAUAGUUGGCAUACCGGAAGAGGCCGAAAGUUUUCAGCUGUCCAAUGGAAAUUCAACGAUCUUACCGAUAGUGAUGCAACAGCGAGAUAGGCUCCGUGUCAAGAUAACAGAGCUGGAGAAAAAACUCCGGCAAACUAACCUAAAUCAAGGAAGUUCGAGGACGGAACUCGAAAGGUUGAAGAAUGACAAUUCAAAGUUAUAUGAGAGAAUUCGGUACCUCUCCUCCUAUGUGUCGAAAGGCGACCAUACUGACGACCAAAGCCCCUAUUCGAGGAGCUAUAACGAAUCUUUACAUCCAUUAGCGGAAUUUAAGCAGCAAGAAUUAAACAACUUCCAGAAAAAAGGCGUUUCUCCACUAGAGAAGUUGUUCUUGAGCUUUGCCAAGAUCAUACUGGCGAAUAAGACCAGUCGAAUGUUUUUCAUGCUAUAUUGUCUCGGAUUGCAUGUGUUAAUGCUAGUGAUAUGUAUCUACGUGGCAAGUCUAAGCGGCGGAGAGGUUACUAUCGACAGCGGUGUGAGAAUAUAG